AUGGGAAUAGGUGCCGAUAUAGCGGAGGGAGUCCAAAAAAGACCUAUUGAAGUUACUAGUGAAGAGACAUUCACGAUGCUAGAUAAAUCGCCUAGUAAGAAAGCAAAGAAGGAGGUAAAACCAGUCGAUAGAAAAAAAUCAGUGAACCUGAAAAAACUUAUUGAUGAAUUGUUGUCUAAAUAUCAUCCCACACAAAUCACUGAAAUUGCUGAAGCGAAUGCACCAGGAGGAGAUAGCACUAAUUUUCUAUACUUUUUUAGAAAAAUCGAUUAUGCUGAAUCUAAAAAUGAGUAUAAAAAGGAUAACGGUAAAGAAGCAUCCAAUGCGCUAGUUUUCGAUGAUAUUAGAAAUCAAAUUUUCGAAGUAAGCGAUGGUGCUUUGUGGAAGAGAAUGGAAAGGGCUCAGAAAAUAUAUAAACUUUUCACUACUAUUGUUAACGGUGAUGAGAAAUUGGCGAAACAAAAAAUAAAAGUAAUUAGAUCAUUUUCGUUAUGA